CAGCAACCUGCCUCCAACACCACUGUCUUUCUCGAUCAACCUCCCAGCUGCCUGCAAUUCUGCCCCGCAAUUCCCGACUGCUGCAUCAUCGGCACCUACUUGCUGUCCGAACAGAAAGACGAAACAAAUGACUCCGACGUCAAACAAACCAAGACCGGCUCCCUACAGCUCUGGCGCAUAAAUCCCUCUACCAACGAGCUCACCCUCCUCUCCAAACUUCCUCUCCCCUACGCAGUCUUCGACCUACACUUCCACCCUCGCGACCCCUCCCUCCUCUCCAUCGCAACAAGCGCAGGCUCCGUCGCCUUCUUCCGCCUCACACCGGGGCAAAAUGAUCAACCACCCAGCCUAACCCAUCUCCUCACACAUUCCGUCCACGAAGACCCCUCCAUCCCCGCCCUCUUCCUCGCCUGGACGCCCUCGACCUGGCCAUCGCCAAACCCCAGUCCCAAUACCGACAACACUCUCCUUGACGCCUUCGCCGUCACCUUUUCCGACAGCCUAACAACCAUCUUCCAAUAUACCCCCGGCCCGACCCCGGACUCACCACCCCAGAUCGCAGAACUCGAUUCCUUCCCGGCCUCGCAGGCCAUUGAAGUCUGGUUCGCCGCGCUCGCGACCUUUCCCGACCAGCAGCAACAAAACAUCCCCUACAUCUUCACCGGAAACGACUUUGGCGCCCUCCACACCCGCCGCUACGACACCAACCGGACACCAACAUCAGAGGCGGACGACACUCAGCCCCCACAACUCUCCGCGAUCCUCGACCACCACGACCGCGCCCGCCACCACACCGCAGGCGUAACCUCCAUCCUCCCCUUGCCCAUUCCACUCCGAGACGACAGCCCCAUCAUCCUCACGGGGAGCUACGACGAGUCUCUGCGAGUGUACCACGCCACUCGACGCGGGGAGGUUCUCGCGGAGAUAGGGCUGGGCGGGGGCGUGUGGCGGCUGCAGCUUCUGUCGUCGUCGUCGUCGUCAUCGUCAUCGUCUGUGGUUGGCGAAGAGGUAGACGACGGAUGGACCGGUCUGGUGUUGGCGAGCUGCAUGCACGGCGGGACGCGGGUGGUGCGGGUGCGAUCCUCCUCCGCGGAGUCCGCGUGGGAGUUGGAGAUUCUGGCGGAGUUCACGGAGCAUGAGAGUAUGAACUAUGCGUCUGAUGUGUGGAAGCCUGCUGGAGGUUAUGAGCUACCUGUGCGCAGCAGCGAUACUUUGGAAAAGCAGGAGGUGCUCUGUUUGUCGAGUAGUUUCUAUGAUCGGCGGGUCUGUUUGUGGCGGGUUCGGGUAUAG